AAGUUUUAGCGGCUUUCUGUAAAUUCUCGCCUCUUCAAUCUGAGACUUUCCGCUCUCUCCCCUCCAGAGACUUGGAAGAUCUCAGGAACUCACUCCCUUUACCAAAAUACCUAAUUCUUUCCUCCGUCAAUAAUCUUAAUUGCGACCAAUUUUGAUUCCUUAAUCUAGUUCCGCGUUUCAAUUCCACCCUGCCGUCUCCGAUUGACUGAUUUCUUCAGUGGAAAUGUCGUUUAUUUUCUUCUAGGGUUUCCUAGAUCUCCUCUCCCACUUUCCGAAGCAAGUAUUUACCAGAUCGUUUUCAACCUUAUCAGAAUUGCUGAUAUGGCUAUUCGUGUUACCAUCUCCUUCUCUGGCUAUGUUGCCCAAAACGUCGUUUCCGGCGCCGGCAGCCGGGUUGGAAAUUGCCGCUCCCUCUACGAAUGUUGGGUUCGUUCUCGCAUUUUCGCUUCCCCUCCCGUGCAGAAUGCUGAUCUCGAACCCCCUGCACCAAGGACGAGGGACUUCCAAUCAGGUUACCGGCGCCCAACCCAGAAGCCUAACUCCUUUGCGAAGAGUUGGGUUUCGAGAUAUAGUACCACCGCCGGAGAAAUGUUCGGAGAUAAUUUUAAGAGUCCGAUUGCUGUCGGAUUGGUCUCGCUGAUGAAGUCAACGGCUGGGAUUUCAGCUUCUUCAUCAUGCACAGGCGUUUUUGGAAUUUCGCCGCUUAGAACAGCCUCGAUCCUUCCCUUUUUGCUGGGUUCCAGGUGGCUUCCAUGCAAUGAGCCGGUUACUGGGCCGAAGAGUAUUGACGUGGAUAGAGGAGGGGCAGUAAGUUACCUAAGGCAUGAGAGUAAUAGUACUGUGACGUUGGAGAUUAACGGGAAGGAGUUUGACAAGGGCGGAAGCUGGUUAUCCAAGGUGUUCAGCUUUUGCUCGGAGGAUGCCAAGGCCAUUUUUACGGCUGCCACUGUUAGUUUGUUGUUCCGGUCGGCUUUGGCGGAGCCCAGGUCAAUUCCCUCAACUUCUAUGUCACCUACUCUGGACUUGGGUGACCGCAUUCUCGCGGAGAAGGUUUCAUACAUUUUCAGGAAACCAGAACCUGCAGAUAUAGUGCUAUUUAAGGCACCUCCAAUCUUGCAGGAAAUUGGUUAUAAAUCUGGUGAUGUAUUUAUCAAGAGAAUUGUGGCUGUUGCUGGAGACAUUGUGGAAGCUCGUGAGGGCAAGUUAUAUGUGAAUGGAACUGUCCAAGAUGAGGAUUUCAUUCUAGAGCCACUUGCUUAUGAGAUGGAACCAUUGCUUGUCCCAGAAGGCUGUGUCUUUGUGAUGGGAGACAAUCGCAAUAACAGUUUUGAUUCUCACAACUGGGGUCCGCUUCCUGUCAAGAACAUUGUUGGGAGGUCUGUGUUUCGCUACUGGCCUCCCUCCAAAGUAUCCAACACCAUCUAUGAUCCAAGUGCUGAAAAGAAUACUGCUGCAAUAUCUUGAUGCAAGUGCCCAUUGCAAAGGGCAGGAUGUCGGAUAACUUAUUCAUAAUGUCGGAUAACUUAUUCAUCCAGAUGUGAUUUGAUAAAACAUUUUGCAACUUUCUGGCUCAUAGUGGAGCCAUUGUGAAUAUGUAGCUCUGUCAUCAAUCAGUUCGUUUAUUCCUUUUUAUUUUUUCCAAUUUCUUGUACACAAGAUUUUGAAAAAUAUGGUUUCACUAAAAAGCGCAUCAGUGGCGCCAGAGAACAUACGAACUGAUCAAAUUCUAUCCUGGACUGUUGCUUUAAAUCGUCUUGUCAAUGAAUCAGAUGCUUGUCUUCUUCUUAUUA